AUGGUUUACAACGAAAAGAAUGGAGGCGGCAUCCCCCCAGUCCCACUCUCUCUUAAUACGGCAACCCCAUGGCAAAACGUCAACCUUCACAAUGACCAACAGACCGAGCCCCAGCUAAAAUCGCACCCCGAUACCGAUCCCCGAAUCACUCCCUAUCUCGGCUUGCGAGCGAGGCUAUCACAGCUAUGGUUCAACCGGUGGACGAUUCUGUUGAUUUUGGUCCUGAUCCGCGUCAUCCUCCUCACAGCAAACCUCAAGGAAAACCUCGGCGAUGCCAAGGCCAAGGCCCUCUCAGCAUGCACAAAGGUCGAAGACGUCGGUAGCGCCAUGGCGUCCAUGCCUUAUUACAUGUCCAAGGGCGUCAACGUCAUGGCCGCCGGCAGCAUGCAAAAGGCGGUCGAAGCAAUGGCAUCAGUCCUCAAGAUGAUCCUCACGGGCGUCCAGGCCAUCAUUAUGUUUGUCAUCAACAUGUACAUUGGCACCUUUGCCUGUCUGGUGGCAGCCUUCAUCCACGGCGGUCUGCACGUGGCGACCGCGGUAGUCGAGGGCGCAACCAAGGUGAUGAACGACGCCAUUUCGUCCAUCACCAAGGGUAUCACCGACGACAUGAAGAGCUUCCAGAGUGCCAUCGACAAGGCAAGGGAUUUCAUCAACAGCGGCAUUGGCCUCAUCAGCAAGGACAUUCAACUUCCAACUAUCAACAUUGACAGCCACAUCAGGGACCUCCAGGGAAUCAAGAUCAAUGCCAGCGGCGUCGUCAAUGGCCUGGAUGUCCUCGACCAAAAGAUCCCGACAUUUGACGAAGCCAAAAACCUGACCGAGUCUGCCCUCGCCAUCCCCUUCAACCUCGUCAAGAACAAGAUCGAUGUCGCCUUUUCCGAGUUCACGAUUGAGCCCACCAUCUUCCCCACCGCGGAGAAGCAAGCCUUGUCCUUCUGCUCCAACAACUCCUUCCUCAAUGACUUCUUCGAAUCCCUGGUCACCCUCGUUUACAAAGCCAAGAUUGCCUUUUUGGUCGUCAUCAUCAUCCUCGCCGUACUCGCCAUUUUCGUCAUGGGCUACAUUGAAUAUCGCGACUUCAAGCGCGAAAGGGAGCGGGCCGCCCGAAUGGACGCCAACGCCUUCAACUCCCAGGACGCCAUCUACAUCGCCUCGCGCCGCUGGACUGCCGACGGCGGCAUGAGACUCGCCAAAUGGUGGACCAAGGAUACAGACAGCAAGAACUACCUCUUGAUCAGAUGGGCCUUUGCGUACGCCACCUCCCUGCCCGCCCUUUUCGUGCUGUCGCUCGCCGUCGCCGGUAUCUUGUCCUGCCUCUUCCAGUGGGUGCUUCUCCGGCAGAUCGAGAAAAAGGCACCUGAGCUUGCAGCGCAAGUGGGCGAUUUCGCCGGUGACGUGGUCGGGACUCUGAAGCAAGUGAGCAACAACUGGGCCAACAGCUCCAACGCAGUCGUCGCCAACAUGGAAUCCGACAUCAACAGCGAUCUCUUUGGCUGGGUGCGCGAGGCCACAGAAUCCGUCAACAACACCCUCACCGUCCUCGACGACCAAAUUGACCACGCUCUGGUGGCCGUCUUCAACGGCACCGUCCUCCUCGACACCGCCCGCGACGUUGUCGGCUGCCUCAUUGGCCGCAAGAUCGACGCCGUCCAGGACGGUCUGACGUGGGUGCACGACCAUGCCAAGGUCACCCUCCCGCGGUUCGACGACGACAUCUUUUCCGCCGGAGCGGCGCAGAGCAUGGGUAGUGACGGCGACCUCUCGAGCUUCCUGGCCAAGCCCGGCGCAGUCACCACCGACGAGAUCAACGAGGCCGUAGGGAAAGUGAUCAGGUCGCUGCGCAACGGAGUCAUCCAAGAAGCUCUGAUCGCGCUCGGUCUGCUUCUAACAUACGUCAUCGUCGUCCUCAUCGGCGUCAUGGGCGCAUUGAUAGGAUGGGCCACGCCAGGAAAAACUCGCGGGGAGGGCGGACAGCAGUUUGGUGGUCGCCCCCCUUCCUUCCAUAAUCAUAAUGGCUUCGAUCCAGCGCUAGCACCUAGCAAUGCCAUGGUCGGUAAUCCUGCUAGUCCUCAUUAUCAGAAUGAGAAGUUUGGAGGGGUAGGAGACAUGCACGACGUGGCGUCCCCUGCUUAUGAAGAGGUGGUUUAUGCCGGGCGCGUGCCGGUCGGAAAGACGAGGGAGCUGAUUACGAGGUAUCCGAGCCAUCAAAGGACGAGCAGUUAUCCGACUGUGGAGAGCCCGGACCCGAUGCCGCAUGGGGAUGAGAAGGUGCCGGGGUAUUUUACGCCUAUUUAGCCCGGGGUAAGAGGAGGAAUUGAAGUGAACUGAACUGAACUAG